CAGAGGCACCGCAAUCAACUGACUUGCUGCCGACUCUCCUCUGUAUCCGCUCGUCUAAUGUUCUGGUGGAACCGUAGGAUUUCUUUUCCCGUUUUAUCGGCAUGUUGCGCCACUGGCCUGUGCAGAUUUGAUCCAUUUCUGGCCGCUAGUAUUCGAGCCAGCUGACCGGUGGCGUCACCCCACUGAGUCUAGCAUAGACUUAGACGUGCCUAAAAGCCUCCAAGGUUCUCAGUUUGCUGUCACACGGUGGAUUCUGCAGAUAGAAUGUGCAAUAUUCAUCUUAUGUUACUGUAAACACUGGAUUUUCCGUGCACGUGCAUUAAAUGUAAACUAGCAUAAAUCCUCGCCUUUGGUGCCCCGUGUCUUUAAACCUCCCUUCUCUCUGGUCGUGUUCCCUUGUGUACAGACAAAAAAAAAACAUUGUUGUCACACCUAACUUGAUGCUUUGUGUCCACGUGACUUGGUGCGGGAUGGCUACUGAGUUUAUUAAUUUGGUUUUGUAUGUUUUUUCUGUGUGAUUAUGUGUGCAUAUCAGAUGACUAGACUGGCCCAGCUGUUACACUACACUAGCCUGAGUCAGGCAUUGUUUUCCAAGCCACUAUCCCCGAUCGGGCCAACGCAGCCUUCAAGGGGGAAUGUGACCCGGAGAAUAGCCCGCUGAUCCUUCCAAGAUGGACAUCUUGUCUCUUUUUAUUUAUUUAUUUAUUUUUGCUUUGGUUUGUUUACUUACAUACUUUCCCAUGUUGUCCACUCUCUACUGUCUCUAUCUAGAAACUACAGUAUUGCUAUUCUCUAGCGUUGUGUUUAUAUUUGUUAUUUUGGUUUGUUGUUUUGAUUAUUGUCCCACCCCCACCCCCCUCUCUCUUUCUGCUACAGCUGCAGGUUGUGUGUGAUUGAAUUCUGUCCAGGUUGCUACAGCAUACCGGUGGGAUGUGUAUCACACACGGGGGAUGCUAGGAGGAUCACUAACACUUUACUCUGUUGUCUUUACUCCUCUCCUCAUAACGAGGGGCUUGACCUUUCAAAAGUGAGACCUAGUAAAGACAUUUUUACACCAUUUGAUCAUAGAAUCUAUUUGCACUUUUGAUUUGCAGUGACUUAGGUGUUUUCCCUCACAUAAGUACAGUACAGCUCAGAUAUUUAGUAAUUAGGCACAUGAUCUUGUUCUUUUAACCUAAAAUACGUGACACAUGCAUUAAUGUUGUGCGUCGCUUGUUGAAAAAGCUUUCCUAGGGAAGGUUCAGGAAAUGUGUCGUGUUAGAUUAGUUGUAAUUCAUGUUCUGUGCAUCCAGGUAUAAUGCAUCUAUAGUCAUAUUUUAUAUUAGUCAUAGCUCUGUUUCAUCAGUUAAUCCCGGAAAAAGCAAAAUUCCUGAUUGGUUGUUUUUUUUCUAUAGAUAAGACUUGGCUAACAUUUCUUGCAGCUCUAAAAAAUGUUGUUCUUUUCUGUAUCUGAUGUUCUGUGUGCUAUUAGUGAUGCAGCCAUUGGGGUUGUCUUGUGUUGCACAUCUUUCCAACACUUCGAAACGAUCGCCCCACGGAAAAGCGCCCGUGCUUGAUAUCGUAUGGUUCAUGACCAAUAUGUUUCCAGUACAGGGAAAAUCCCUGAAGAAGCCAAGGCCUUGUCACUGUUGGCGCCUGCCACUCCAGUGCCCAGUCUGAUUCCUGGCGGGGGACUGCUUCCAAUUCCUACUCCGACUUCACUUCAGACUCUGAACCUCCCCUUAGUGAAUCUGAUUCCAUCAAGCCUCGAGGCCACAUCGUCGGCGCUCUCCCAGCCACCUCUAAUUGGCAAUGUGGAUCCCUCAAAAAUUGAUGAAAUCCGUAGAACUGUCUAUGUUGGCAACCUCAACUCACAGACCACCACAGCAGAGCAGCUGCUAGAGUUCUUCAGGCAGGUGGGGGACGUCAAGUUUGUGCGAAUGGCUGGAGAUGAGACGCAGCCAACACGCUUCGCCUUCGUAGAGUUUGUUGAGCAGGACUCAGUUGCCAGAGCUCUGACCUUCAAUGGAGUCAUGUUUGGAGAUAGACCCUUGAAGGUUAAUCAUUCCAAUAAUGCCAUAGUAAAACCCCCAGAAAUGACACCGCAGGCUGCUGCUAAGGAGCUAGAAAGUGUAAUGAAGAGGGUGAGGGAGGCUCAGUCUACUAUUGCUGCUGCAAUAGAACCAGCACCAAAGGACCAUUCCUUCAGUCGAGUUAGAAGAUCACGGCGGUCUCACUCCCCCCCCUUACACUCGCGAGUGCGUCAGAAAAGGUCCCAGUUCAAACCAAAACCAUCACAGAGGCUGUGGACAGAGUCCCACGGUUCUCGAGGCAGCCACAGGAGGCGCUCUCGCUCCAGAGACAGGAGACACAGUCGCAGUCGCUCAAGGGGCCGCAGAAGGAAGAGUAAGGAUCGCUCCAGGAGCCCUCGUAGGAAAGUGAGAUCACCUUCUCCAAAGAGAGGUAAAAAAGACAAGAGGCGGGAACGUAGCAGGGACAGAAAAGAGCGCUCCACAUCCAGGAAGAGAAGUCGGAAAGGCGAGGACAAGCAAAGGAGCAAAGCCAAAGCAGUGAAGAUGGAACCAGACUAUGAGAAAGCAGCAGAGAUGGACUAUGACAGCGACAGAGAAGGCUCGGUGACUCCCAGUGAGGACAUGACGUUAUCACCCUUUGUCCAGCAUAACGGCAACUACAAGACUCACAUGGAUGAGGACACAUCAGUGGGUCCAGGCUUGACCAAGUGACUGUUAAAUCUAUAUGGAAACUAUCCCGUUCAUUAAAUUAUCUCGGUGCUUGUCGCACACAUAGACAUUCACCCCGGUUUCUUUUUCUAGUUUACUCCUUGAGUAUACUAGCAUAACACAUUUCCAUCUACCAUUUAAAUGGCAGCCAAGCACUCAGCAUAUCAAACAUUACUGUAUAAUGGUCACAGGUAAGUUAAGGAAGUAAAACACACUAGCUGGAGAGUCUGUGGAAGUAUAGGGUGCAAAAAACCAUAUAUGAUAUCGAGAUAAGAUAUAUAUAUAUAUGAACAAAGAAUGAAACUAAACCGGCACCAAGAUUAGCUUUAAACACAUGAGGUGUUGGCAGCAUUCAACUAAACUAAAAUUAGGAGCCGAUUAAAAACUAUUGGGUUCUGCUUAAAAGUGACGUGAGUUCAGUUUCUGUGGUAAAUGAAUGAGUAAGGAGCACAUUUAGACUUCAGGAAUGUUCUUUUUUUACUUCCUGUCCUGUUUUACUUUCAAUAAUAGUUUAAUACUGCCUGUUGCUUCAGUAUUUAUUGGAUUAUAAUCGAAUAUACUCCAGAAUGUGGUAAACAGUCAUUUUAUUAACCAGCCGAAAUAAUCCUUAACUAGGAAAAUGUUACAUUUCGGAUGCAAAUAGAUUUUUAUGAUGCAUUGUGAAGUAAAAAAAUAACCUUGUGACUGAACGUUUGAGCUCUGAUGUUCAGGCUGAGGUGCAACCUCCCACAUUUUGCAUAAUUACCCAGUCAAUCGUGGUUAAAAUAUGUAUUUUCUAAAAGUCGAAAGAACUGGAGGAAAUGAAAUCAUUAAAGAACAAGCUGAAAUGCUCAUUUGACCUUUGUGUGGUGUUGAAGGAAGUAGUAGCUGCUAGAUCUGUGAAGUGUCCUUUAUUUCCUCUUUUUUUAUGCCUCGUUUCCUGCCGUGUCCUGCAAACUUGUACAUUGCUGAGUUUUGACACUGUGCUGUAAUUACGAAAAUGCUGACUCACAUUUUUUAGUUGCAAAAAUAUCAUGAUGCAUUUCUUCUUUGGUAAACAUGAAUAUGUUGUUUUAUUUGCUCUUUUUGGUUUGUGAUUGUUCAUGUACCUGUUUUUUUUAAUAUUCUUUCUAAUAGUCGCACAAUUGCCAGAUCAUCUCCUUUGCUUGUUGUCGUAAUGAUGUUACUGAGGAAGUAUUUACAGAUUUAUAGAUACUAAACAGGCUGAUACUGUAAAAUGAGAGCGCUGUAGAGGUGCGUGUUUGACUAGUGGCUCAUGAUUCUCAGAUAAGAGUGAUGCUGAACUUCACAGAUUCUUGUCUAGACAUAAAACAGCUUGAAAGCACAGAGGGCUCAAAAAGUGCCUAGACUUAGAUUGUACAGAAUAUUCUAAUACAAUAUGGAGAUUUAUCGACAGUUUAACAUGAAUUUAAUAUUGGUGUGUACUGUAGCUGAAACUGAGAUGAUAUAUUAAAGUAUUGAUGGCUUUAGAUAUUAAUAACAAUCUACUAAACAUUCAUGGGACUUGUGGAUUUUCUCAUGUUAACAUUGUUGGUGUCAGAGAAGCCAAUGUCAGUGUGUCAAGAUAUCAAACGUUUGCUUUCUGUGAAUGUUUGUUCCAGCUUUGCAUUUGAAGGCGAUUUAAAAACCAUCAUUGCCAAAACAUCCCCUUUUACACAACACAUGUUGGUGCAGCUUCUUCUCUCUGUUUUUUUUUUUUUGUUUUGUUUUUUUGUUGUUCUUGCGUGCAGUGUUUUGUUUCAAAGCGGUGAACUCACCAUGUUUAGUAAAAAAUAAUUUUCUGGUAAUUCCUUGUGUGGAUUUGACUGUUUAUACUGUAUCUACGUCAUGCUGAGGCGGUUUAAAUGUGUGUGAUCCUGCUCGUGGGACAUCUCAACACUGGACCUGAUCAGCCGUCAAACACAACAUGAUUGUUUAUUUACACUUGUUUUUUAGUUUGCUUUAAUAAUUCAUACGGUUUAAAAAACUCUUAAGCAGCAAAUCAGUGAAAGGCCUUGGAAGGGAAUAAAAGUUCAAUUUGCCAUC